UAUACUUAACAUAUGAAAACUGCAAAGAAUCAGAACAGGAAAAGAAAACCUCUGUCUUUGUAUUAUCUUCGUCCUCCAUUGAUUUUCUCGGCAUUUCUUCGGCCAAGCUUGCAGAUUUUCCUUUCCAUUCCCUUGUCAAUGGCCUCCGGGUCGGUUAACAAGCUCAGCAGGUUUGCCAUCGUUUUGCUGUUUUCACUGUCCUGCUUCAGUCUUACUUCCACAGAAGCUUAUGAUGUGUUCGAUCCUAAUGGGAAUAUCACCAUCAAAUGGGACAUCAUGAGUUGGACUUCUGAUGGUUACGUGGCUACGGUUUCAAUGAUUAACUACUACCAAUACCGGCAUAUUCAAGCGCCGGGUUGGACUCUGGGCUGGACAUGGGCCAAGAAGGAGGUGAUAUGGAGCAUGUUGGGCGGGCAGACCACCGAGCAAGGAGACUGCUCAAAGUACAAAGCGAACAUCCCCCACUGCUGCAAGAAAGACCCGACGGUAGUGGAUUUGUUGCCCGGCACUAUGUAUAAUUUGCAGGCUGCAAAUUGCUGCAAGGGAGGAGUCCUUAGCUCAUGGGCCCAGGACCCGGUGAAUGCCAUCAGCUCGUUUCAGCUAACUGUGGGGGCUUCCGGGACGACCAAUAAGACUGUGAGAUUGCCCAAGAACUUCAUUCUCAAGGCACCUGGCCCUGGCUACACGUGCGGACCUGCAAGGAUUGUCAAGCCCACGAAGUUCGUCCUGCCUGAUAGAAGGAGAGCUACUCAAGCAAUGAUGACAUGGAACGUUACCUGCACAUAUUCUCAAUUUCUAGCACAGAAGACACCGACCUGCUGUGUCUCCCUUUCCUCAUUCUACAACGAUACAAUCGUAAAUUGUCCGACCUGCACUUGUGGGUGUCGGAACAAGGGAGACCCUCAAAGCUGCAUAAAAGCGGACUCUCCACACUUGGCUUCAGUGGUCUCAGGACAGGUAAAAUCAGGCAACAGCGGGCCUCUUGUCCGGUGCACGAGCCACAUGUGCCCAAUCCGGAUCCACUGGCACGUUAAGCUCAAUUACAAGGAGUACUGGCGGGUCAAGAUCACGAUCACAAAUUUUAACUACAGGAUGAACUACACGCAGUGGAAUCUUGUCGUGCAGCACCCGAAUUUCGAUAACCUCACUCAGGUCUUCAGCUUCAACUACAAGCCCCUCACUCCGUAUGCCAGGUUCAACGAUACUGCGAUGUUAUGGGGACUAAAGUACUAUAAUGAUUUGCUCAUGGAAGCCGGCCCCUCUGGGAACGUGCAGUCAGAGUUAUUGUUCCGGAAGGACGAGUCGACGUUUACCUUGGAUAAGGGAUGGGCGUUCCCUCGUAGGAUCUAUUUCAAUGGGGACAACUGUGUGAUGCCACCCCCGGAUUCCUACCCGUGGUUGCCAAGUUCCAGUCCCCGAGCUGGCUUCUCCUUGCCAACUUCAGCCACAGUAAUCAUGUUAUCAAUUCUCUUAUUGUGGGCUUCAGAGUGACAAGCACGCGCAACAUUUUGAUCGGUUCGGACAUUCGGGUGAGGGGUUAAGGAUCCUUUUAUCAUUUUCUUCCAAGCCACCAAAUAUGUCGUAUGCUUACUUAUACGACACUCGAUCGAUUCAUUUGUAGAAUAUCAACAAGAAAUAGCUUUCUAAUGAUAACUUCUGCAAAAGGAAGCUGCUCAUUUCAACAA